CAGACCCAGUCCCGCGUAAGUGAGCUGUCUGAUGGUGGGCACGAAGGUUUCUCAGUAGAACGUGUUUCUGCGUUUGUGAUUUACGGGCAUCAUAUUGUUUCAUCAUGUUGAUAAGCCCGGAACAGGAAGCCCUGAUUGGUCGGGUGUUUGAAUCCUAUCUGACAGAUCAUCAUCACAAUGACAUUCUCCAGCUUACUGCAGACACUAAUGAAGUCACCCAUCACCCCGUUGUGGUUAAUGCCAUGACACUGUUUGAAGCUAAUAUGGAGGUUGGUGACUAUUUCAAUGCAUAUCCCAUUGAUGUCCUGGCUAUAUUUGAUAAAGUAUUAAACAGGAAAGCCAUGGAGUUAACAGAUGAUGGCUCAAGCAAAAAUAAUGGAGGGCACAGAAAUCAAGAGAGGAGAAUGGCAUCCACUCUUCAUGCCCGCAUUACAGGUCUACCAGUGUGGCCCAGAGUUGACAAGAGAUACAUUCCUAGAACCAGAGAUGUGGGACACUUUUUGUCUGUGACUGGUACUGUAAUACGUACCAGUGUUGCCAAGGUUCUGGAAUAUGAGCGUAAUUACAUGUGCACAAAGUGUCAUCAUGUUUUCACGGUGCAGGCAGAUUUUGAGCAGUUCUACACCUUUGUCCCUCCUGUGGCUUGCCCUAAUCCUGAUAGCUGUAACUCAUACAAAUUCACUUGUCUGUCUGGAGGAUCUGAGCCUGAUGCUUGCAGGGAUUACCAAGAGAUCAAAAUUCAAGAGCAAGUAUGAAAACUGUCCGUGGGCAGCAUUCCUCGAUCUUUAGUAGUGAUUCUGGAGGACGACCUUGUUGACAGUUGUAAAUCUGGUGAUGAUGUCACUGUUUAUGGAGUGAUGUGUCUGCGCUGGAAGCCCUUCUAUGAUGGCGCACUUUGUGAUGCAGAACUAGUCCUCAAAGCUAACAACAUAGAGGUAAACAACCAGCAGGCUACUGCUGCCCUGCAUAAAGAUGCUCAGGAAGAAUUUGAAGACUUUUGGAAUAGCUACAAACACGAUCCUAUAGCUGGUAGAAACCAGAUCUUGUUGAGCCUGUGCCCACAGGUUUUUGGAAUGUAUGUGAUUAAACUGGCAGUGGCCAUGGUGUUGGCUGGCGGGGUGCAGAGAAUAGAUUCUUCUGGGACCAAGAUCAGGGGUGAAUGUCAUAUGUUGGUUGGUGACCCUGGCACAGGGAAGUCUCAGUUCCUGAAAUAUGCUGCUAAGGUUAUGUCCCGUUCUGUACUCACAGCUGGAAUUGGAUCAACGAGUGCAGGACUGACAGUAGCAGCUGUGAAGGAUGGAGGUGACUGGCAUCUGGAGGCGGGGGCUCUGGUCUUGUCAGAUGGCGGUUUGUGCUGCAUUGAUGAAUUCAACAGCAUCAAGGAGCAUGAUCGCAUCAGCAUCCAUGAAGCUAUGGAGCAACAGUCUAUUAGUGUUGCUAAAGCUGGAAUGGUGUGUAAACUGAAUACUCGAACUACCAUUCUGGCAGCUACCAACCCUAAAGGCCAGUACGACCCUAGCGAGCCACUGUCUUUGAAUGUAGCUCUGGCCAGCCCUAUACUGAGCCGUUUUGACCUGGUUCUUGUUCUGCUGGAUACCAGAAAUGCAGACUGGGAUCGCAUCAUCUCCUCUUUUAUUCUGGAGGACAGAGGACUGCCUAAUCACGCCUCCAGUCUGUGGUCUAUGGAGAAAAUGAAAGUAUAUUUCAGUGUGAUUAAACAGUUGCGACCCCUGGUGUCAGAAGAAGCCAAUUGCAUAUUGACACGUUACUACCAGCUGCAAAGACGGCGUGAUGGUGGGAACGCUGCCCGCACAACUAUACGCAUGUUGGAGAGUCUGAGCAGGUUGGCUGAAGCCCAUGCCAGGCUCAUGUACAGAGAGACCGUUACCAUAGAAGAUGCUGUCAAUGCUGUUUCUGUUAUGGAGUGUUCCAUGCAGGGUGGUGCUCUGCUGGGAAAUGUAAAUGCAUUAUUCACUUCAUUUCCUGCUGACCCUAUUAAGCAGUAUCAAACUCAGUGUCGGAUACUACUAGAAGGACUGAACCUCCCACUGUUCCUUCAGAAAGAGAUGAACAGACUGGCCAGGCUAAAGAGUAACAUGCCAGAGUCUUCUGAAUGUGAUCCACCAACUACUUAUUUGAAGCAUCAACUCAGUGGCACAAACUCUAAAACACAAUGCGGUGACAUCACUAGCAACUUGGAGCGUGGUGUUUCAGUGAAAAGUCACUUGAACUGUUUCAACUCCACUCCAUCACUGACCCCGGAUUAUACGACCCUGUCUAUAAUUACAUCAAUGCAAGAAAAUCUGAAUACAAAAACAAUUUCAGGUGGGAUGGAUAUGUCUACAGUAACCAAACAGUCAAGCUCUCAGUCUCGGAAGGAAACUUUGGGAAAGACUGACUCAACGUUAAACCAGAGUGUUGCUCCAAGUUUUUUUGAAACUGUUACCUCUAUUUCAGAAGAACACGUACAUGGUGAGAAAAAUGAAGAGAUGCUGACAUAUCAGGGUCAGAAAAAUGAUGCACAUCUAGAGCCAUUGGGAUAUGUGUCUCAGAAGGUUUCUAGAAGCACUAUACACUCUAAGAAUGUAGGAGACAAAGGUUUUAGUCAACUGGAGCUGAAUCAGCAGCAGUUUCACAAAGAGAUGUUUGGAGAUGAAAGUAAAACUGUAAGUGAUGAUAUCUUCCUUGAGGCAAACCUGUUCACUGACAGAGAAAGUAGCUAUGUGAAGGAGGACAAACGGCACCGAACUGGAAUUAGGAAGAUCAGUGCUGUUCUAAAGGAAAACAUGGCAGUUGAAACUGAAACACAUACAGACUUGCACGCAAAGUUGUCAGGAUUUAUGUUCAAGCCAAAAAAAAUGAGACCUUUAGCCGACAACUGUGACAUUAUUGCCAGCCCAGAAAAGCAAAUGAAAAGAAGAGUAGAUGUAAAGAAGCCAGUUAAUCAUAAUGAAUCUGCCUGCACGCUUGCAGCAGCAAACAAAAAACAGAACCAGGUGGGCUUCGUCUGUGAGGUGGAAGAAAGUGGGUCUAAAGGGAAUGCUUGUUUUACAUCAAAAGAAUUGGAUAAUUACAGUUUUUCCUUUAGAAAAGAUGGUGUGUGUCAAGGAACUGUAGGUAGAAAAGAUGGGAGUGGUGACGCACCCCCAUGUCAGACAACCAGCGUCAACACUGGUGAUGACAAGAAAACGGAUACUUUUACUUGCAACCCACUUUCAAAACCAAGUGCUUACCUCACUAAUCGAACUACAUUACAGUCAGGACAGAUGAAGACUGCUGUGGCUUCCUCAACUUUGGAUAAACUCUCAAGAUUCUCAUUCAUCUGCACAGAUGAACCCACAACAGCUCCAACAAAAAGGGAAAAUGGUACACCUAAAAGAGGUGAUACUGAUUUUUUGAGAGCUAAUUCAAAAGUCAGCAAAAUUCUAAAUUUUCCCAACCACAAUGUCUUAGGACAGAAGUGCCAAACAACACUCCCUUUAGACAAAUCAAAGAAUGUACCUCUACCCUCAGCAACAGAUUGCACAUCAGCAGAGGAAAAUGAACAAGGGAUGGCGUCACCAAGUAAAACAGUGUCCAAAUGCAAAGUAAAGCAUACAGAGUUCAGUCAUACUGUAAAUAAUAUUAACCAUGUAAAACUUACAAAUGCUGGUUCAGUUAACUGUCAAAGCAUUGUGAGCCUAAAGAGAGAGUGCUUUGUGAGUCCUCAGUGUAGUAAUAGUGGUGGUUGCCAAGGUCUGUUCACAGGAUUGUCUCUGUUUGGCUCUGCUGAUUUAAACAAUGAUGUGCUUGAUACUGACUGGGACCAAGAAGUCUAAAAUUAUAUGCUGUUGUCACAGUGUUUGUGGAUAAAUGCAGAAGAACUCAUACUCUAGUUGUAGCAAAUUAAUAAGCUUGACAGGAUGACCAGAACCCCAUCAGUCUAAAACAAACAAUCAAACCUGGGUCCAUGGAUUGUUUGCAUUUUACGUUUUUCAACUUCGGUUCUUCAGCAUAAGGUGUAGUCCCAGAAUUUUCAGCAGCUUUGAGCCUGAGCUCUGCUGUGUUCAUACUUAGAUAUCCUUCCUUACACGAGCCAAUACAACCUUUUUCUUGUCCUCUCCAUCCGCUCCUAUCACACCAUGAUGUAAUCCUUGCACCAUCUUAUAACAGAGUGCAGUUUUAGCAUUGUUAUUGUCUGUUUACAGCAAAACCAGAUUGUAUAAACAUGCAUCUAGUUUUGGAACACUGAGGAAAAAAAUUCAUGAGUGAUGAUAGAUUUUGUACUAUCCAAAUGUCAUUUUACUCUUUUUUUUUUUCUGUUUUUUUCUCUUUUUCUAACUUCUGUGAUACAUCUACAUGUAUUGCUGGUGUAUCACAUACCUUUGAUUUCUAAAUACAGGUUGCUCACUUGUGAUCUUUUUGGACAGGAAACAAAAUAAAUAUAA